AGUAUAUAUAAAAGGAGAGUUAAAUAACACUUCCUAUGUUCAUUUCCUAAGAACUUGUUUAUUGGAAUCUCUUAUUUAAGGAGCCUAAAUUUUGAUCAUGAGUACUCACCAUAAUAUUAGGAAAAAAAAAAGGUUGAUGUAAGAUUGUAUCUAGAUGAAUUGUUUUAAAAAUUAAAAUAUUAAGAUUGAUCAUAGUUUUAGUUGUGUUUAGAGUUUUGUCACAUUCUUCUCGCCAAAUAAUUUACACUUAAUUUUUUUUUUUUUUGAGUCAAACAUAUAUGAAUAAUACAUUGCUCGAAACCAAUCACCUUAUCUAUAAUUCCAUAAUUAAAGUACAUAAACCUCUAUAGUUAGGAAAUAUGACCUGGUCAUGUAUUGUAGCUGGAUUCAAGAAAUCUAACCUCAAGUCACAAAGCCCAAAUUUAAAAAUAAACACAAUACUCCAAUAAUUUAACCUAUGAAUAAGGAAAAAAAAAUGUCUCCAAAAAAAGGCAAAUACAUCUUUAGGUUUCCAAUCAAAUGACUUCCAAAAAAAAAUUAACCAUGUAAAACCUAAAUCUUAUCAAUUAACACCCUCAAAUUACACCACCGCCUCCGCCUCCGCCUCCACCUCCACCUUCUCGAGCCCUUUACACAAUGGGGAGAGGCGGCGUCCUCCCCUACUAACACCACCACACAACUGCAUGGCAUGGAAAUCGAACGCAUCACCCUCUUGUAAACGGAGGGUGAUGGUGGUGGCGGACGCUACCGCCGAGUCGGUGGCCGCCCUACAAUACGUUCUUUCCCAUGCAAUGCAGGAUAAUGAUGACUUAAUUCUCAUGCACGUAACACAACCUACCAAAAAAUCCCACCUGUUGAUAAAAUCCUUUUUUAGACGUCAUUCUGACCCCGGCUUGGCAGGGAUAUCUAACUUUGAUCCCACGGCUGAUGUCGGGGAGGGUGGUGGCGGCAGUGGUGGCAAAGAUUUCCUAGAGGUUAUGAAGAGGGCAUGUAAAGGGACGUUCCCGAAUUCGAGGGUUUGGGUUGAGAAGGUGGAACAAGGGAGUUUGGAUAAUAAGGGGGCUGUUAUUUUGCUAAGGUGUAAGGAAUUGAUGGUUGAUUUACUUGUUGUUGGCCAACGUCGUCACCUUGUGUCUGUUCUUUUAGGACCAAGAAGAUCUUUUAGUACUGGCUCAACAGUAUUACGAGGAGGUGCACCAAAAUCAGUAGACAUGGUUGAAUAUCUAAUAGAAAAUAGUCCAUGCACUUGUGUGGCAGUGCAAAAGAAGGGACAAAAUUCAGGCUAUAUUCUCAAUUCCAAAACUCAUAGAAAUUUCUGGCUUCUGGUCUGAACCAUUUUCAAAGGAUUACAUGUUUUUUUAAAUCCUUAAAAAGCACUAGAACGAAUAUCGCAGUUAGACGGUACAUUGGGAUCAGAAUGAAGCUUCUAGAUCGAUAAGCCUUUAUUCGGACUUCAUUAGCCAAAUUAAGUAUGUAAUGCUCUUCAUAUUGUACUGUAAUACUCAACGAGACGAGCUGAUAAGAGAUUCAAUCGUUGGAGAAACAUUGUACUCUGUUAAAGAUUAUUCUAGCUCAUGUUGAGUUGAAGAUUGAAUUCAAUUCUAAGCUAGCUUAUAAGUUCAAUAGAGUAUGUAAAAUGUCUAUGGUAGUCGGAUCAAUUAUUGGGGCACGUCACAGAAAAUGCUUGAUAUAUCUCUGAUCUAAGUGUGCAUGAUUAUUCAUAAAUCAUUUCAUUCACAAACGUGAAUGAUAUACACGAAUCACGUCGAAGACUAACUUGAAGGCACAAAAUAAGAAAGCUCAAUCCAUGCCAAGCACCUUUAUUGUGCAUCUCGGAUAGAUAUGCACAUAAGUUGGCAAUAGUGUAUAGAUUUUGGUAAAGGGGGUGUUUGUAUAUUAAUAGCAAUUGGCUUUAUAAUGUGGUCAAACAAUUAAUAAGUGUCGAUAAUAUUUAAUUUAUAAAUGUUCUUAAAAGGUUUGUAAAAACUCAUCGAUCUUUGAUGUAUUUU